AAGCUUUAAAACCACUUGAAAUCCACCUGCAGUCGACUUCGUAGCAUAUUGAAAUCAGUUUGCAGAAUGAAUUUCGCUUUUCCAUCUCCAUAUUUCAAGUUUCAAAAAUCUACUGGAGGCUCCAGUAAUUUUCAAAUUGUUGCUGGAGGCUCCAGUAAUUUUCAAAAAGUUACUGGAGGCUCCAAAACAACUUGAAAUCCACCUGCAGUCGACUUCGUAGGGUAUUGAAAUUAGUUUGCAGAAUUAAUUUCGGCUUUCCAACUCAAUUUUGUGGGAAUUUCGAGUUUCAAAAAUCUGCUGGAGACUCCAGAACUGCUCAAAACGGUUUGAAACAGUUUCCAAUCGAUUUGGCGUGUUGAAAAUAGGGUAUAUCACAAAUUUCAGCUUUCUUGGUCAAUUUGGUAAAAUUUUUAUUUCCCCCUCCCCUCAUUUUUGGCCUUUUGUUUUUCAAAAAUUCACCAAAAAUCGAAAAAGGCACUUCAGCACUUUAAAUUUUGACAGGUGAUAAAUUUUUGCCUGAUCUUUCGAUCUACUUUGGUACGGUUUAAAAAAUUUCGUGAAGUCUUGUGUUGGAACGCAAAAUCUGCGAUUUGCCUGAUCUGUCAAUCAAAAUGGCCACCAUUUUGUAAGUUAAGGCCACUUUAUUUUUGAGGACUAGGGCUAGAAAUGUUCCUUUGGACUCUCCCUCUAAGAAAAAAGUUGUCCCAGAGGAUCGAGGGAGGGGGGGGUGCAAUAGAUCCUUAUACGGGUUCCCCGACUAAAAAUAUUUCCUCAGUUUUAGGAAUGAUAUCUCUCAAUAUUCAAUAUUUUGGUAUUAUUAAUGCGAAAUAUUUGAGAAGAACCCCACUAGGAAGACAUAUAAUAUACCUGGUGAACCCUUUCAAAGUUCAUAUUCGAUGAGAUGGGUAGUCCAAAAUUGGAAUUUUUCAUUUAAAAAAAUAAAUUUUUAGGCACCCCCUCCCCCAAUGAGGCCCUUAAGAGGGUCCAACUGAAAAUCUAACUUCAUAUUCGUGUUCAGUGGGGCCAAAUUCGAGAAUGUGGGCUGCCCAAAAAUUGAAUUUUUCACAAAAACUCAAUUUUUGAGCAACCCCCUGGCCCAAUGUGGCCUGAGGGUCCAACUGAUAAUCUAACUGAACAUUCGUGUUCAGCGAGUUGAUUGCGAUACCCAUAUUGCCAAUCUUCUUUCGACCCAAACUGGGGGAGGUGCCCAUGGACUCAAAAUUGGGGUUUCAAUAAGUUGUUUGAUUCUCUUCUGUAUUUAGAGGCCUGCCUGCAAAAUUUCAAAACCAUAUCACAGGAAGUAUCGAUUUUUUUGGUGGUGUCAUGACACAAAAAAAUUUUUUAGAGCGUUUUUUGAGUUUGUGAAGAUGACCGACCUGGAAGAAAAAUUUGAAAAAAAUCCAAUAAUAAAUUGUACCUACUCAUGCAGGUGUAUUUUUGGAAGAAAAAAAAAUUUCUUUUGUCAACAUCUCCCCCCUGGAGAGCCAAAAAAAAUUUUAAAAAUUCACGUGGCUAGACUCAUGUCUACUUUACCUUACCUAUUUUGGGUAAAUUCAAAAUCUUUUGUUAAAAACUCGUUUAAGUAUGAUUUUUUUAUUGAAAAAAAAAAAAAAUGUUUUUUCAUCACUUUGGGCAAGGUGUGGGGUAGGGAAUUUUUUUGAGUCCAAAAUUUUUUUAAAGAUACCUACCUAACAAUGUUUCAUAAAAAUUUCAAAAAUCAUUGCCAUGCGGACAUUUACUUGACUUGAAGGUAAAAUUAAAAUUUAUGUACUGUAAAAUGUCAAUCAAACUGAUAACUGGUUUAUCACAUCACUCGAUGUUUUAAUAAUUUCGUGUAACAAUAAAAAUACUUUGACUUCACAAUAAAAAGUAAUCCACAUUUUAGUUAAAAAUGGUGGAUUCAAAUUUUUUAUUUUAGGACACUGUAGAAAGAUACAAAAUAGACUUCAAGAAGAAGCAAAAUAUUGGUAAAAAAUAACUACUUAUUAAGUAAAUUUAAUGCAGUAAUUUUUACACAGGUAACCCUACGGAUAUUUCCGUACAUCUGGCAACCCUGUAAAAUGAGCAUUAUGCAAACCAACGUGUACCGGUGUACCUUACCGAACAUAACCCAUUAUUCAUUUCAAUAACCUACUUAUCAGAAGUUCAAGACCGCGGUUCAUUGUUUUACAAAACAUUGUACAGUACUCAGUACGUGAUGUGCUUGUUAUUGAAAUACCUAAGGUGAAAAUGAAUGUUGCUCCCGAAAUUGAUUUUUACAAAGGAGAUGUUUCUUCGGUCGAUGAAAUAAGAGCUAAACUUGGUACAUUCGAAGGAGGAGAAAUAACUUGUGAAAAAAAUGAUUCCGAUGGUAUUGCAAAAAUAUGCAUCAAUCACCCAGAGAAGAGGAAUGCCAUAAGUGGUAAAAUGAUGAUAGAUUUUGAAAAUAUCGUACACGAUUUACAGAAAUGGGAAAAUGGAAAAGGUGUUAUCAUUUACGGAGCUAAUGAUAUAUUUUGUUCUGGAGGAGAUCUCAGCUACGCUAAAAAAGAAAAUACUCCAAGAUCUGGCUACGAAAUGUCAAUUUUUAUGCAACAUUUGACCAACAAAUUUUCUCAAUCUACUUUGGUAUCAGUAGCUUAUAUUAACGGAGGAGGAGCCAUCGGAGGUGGAUCUGAAAUUAUAACCGCUUGCGAUUUUAGACUCUGUUGUUCAGAUGAAAAGACAAAAAUUGGAUUCGUACACAGUAAAAUGGGCAUCGUGCCUGCAUGGGGCGGUACCAGAAGAUUAGUCGACAUUGUAGGAAGGCGGAAAGCGUUAGAUUUAAUUUUAACUGCAAAAUUACUCAACAAUAAGGAAGCAUUACAAAUCGGUUUAGUUGAUGAUAUCGUGAAUGAUUUCCAACAAGCUUACGAAUGGCUCGCUUCGAGAGUAAAGGCUCAUCGCAGUAUUACGAGAGCAGCGAAGGCUAGUGUUUUGAAUGGGUCUCUCAUUACUGCCGAUGAAGAAGAACUCGAAAGAAAAAUAUUCGCUCCUCUUUGGGGAGGAGCAGCUAAUAAAGCUGCAUUACAAAUGAGCAUUAAGCAUAAGUGAUAACUUAUUUUUUUACUGUAUUUUUUCAAAGUUUGUUUUCGUAAUGUUUUAUGUGUUGUUUAGAAUUCUGUUUAAAGAUGAUUCAUUUUUGAAGAACGUUAAAAUAAAAUGUUUCAUUUCAUCAAA